GGUAGGUAAAGUUCCCAAACCUUCACCAACUUUUUCACUCAAUUAUUUGGGUGCAAGCAAUUCCUGUAUUCUACAUGUGUUAGUUGACAACCAAAAACCACUUUAUGUGACUCAAUCCAACAACCACUUGCAUUGUCAUUUGCCACCAACCCCCAUACCCUCUCCUCACAAAACCCCUCUCAUUGCAUACAUUGACAAAAAACAAAAACAACCUCAUUUCAAAGAGACACCCUUCACAGAAUAAGAUCCAGGAACUGAGUGCAGAGCGCAAGGUGUACGACUUUAAGGAAGAUUGAAAUGGCCCAGGUGAGCAGAGUGCACAAUCUUGCUCAAAGCACUCAAAUUUUCGGUCAUUCUUCCAAUCCCAACAAACCCAAAUCAGUGAAUUCAGUUUCGUUGAGGCCACGCCUUUGGGGGUCCUCAAAAUCUCGGAGUCUCAUUCAUAAAAAUGGAAGCGUUGUGGGAAAUUGCAAUGUGGGUAUGAGAAAUUCCGGCGUGUUUAAGGUUUCUGCCUCUGUCGCCGCCACGGAGAAGCCGUCGACGGCGCCGGAGAUUGUGUUGGAACCCAUUAAGGAAAUCUCGGGUGCCAUCACAUUGCCAGGGUCUAAGUCUCUUUCCAAUCGAAUUCUGCUUCUGGCUGCUCUAUCUGAGGGAACAACUGUUGUAGACAACUUGUUGUAUAGCGAGGAUAUUCAUUACAUGCUUGGUGCAUUAAGGACCCUCGGACUACGUGUGGAAGAUGACAAAACAACCAAGCAAGCAAUUGUGGAAGGCUGUGGGGGAUUGUUUCCCACUGCUGGAGAAUCUAAAGAUAAAAUCAAUUUAUUCCUUGGUAAUGCUGGUACUGCAAUGCGUCCUUUGACAGCAGCUGUUGUUGCAGCUGGUGGAAAUGCAAGCUAUGUACUUGAUGGAGUGCCUAGAAUGAGAGAGAGGCCAAUUGGUGAUUUGGUUGCUGGUCUGAAGCAGCUUGGUGCAGAUGUUGAUUGCGUCCUUGGCACAAACUGUCCGCCUGUUCAUGUGAAUGGGAAGGGGGGACUUCCUGGUGGUAAGGUGAAACUGUCUGGAUCAGUUAGCAGUCAAUACUUGACUGCUUUGCUUAUGGCAGCUCCUUUAGCUCUUGGAAACGUGGAAAUUGAGAUUGUUGAUAAACUGAUUUCUGUUCCAUAUGUUGAUAUGACUCUUAAGUUGAUGGAGCGGUUUGGAGUUUAUGUCGAACACAGUGGUAAUUGGGACAGGUUCUUGGUCCAUGGAGGUCAAAAGUACAAGUCUCCGGGCAAUGCUUUUGUUGAAGGUGAUGCUUCAAGUGCCAGUUACUUCCUAGCUGGUGCAGCAAUCACUGGGGGGACUAUGACUGUUGAGGGCUGUGGCACAAGCAGUUUACAGGGAGAUGUAAAAUUUGCUGAAGUUCUUGAAAAGAUGGGAGCUCAAGUUACAUGGACAGAGAACAGUGUCACUGUUACUGGACCACCACGAGAUUCUUCUGGUCGAAAAGUCUUGCAAGGCAUUGAUGUCAAUAUGAACAAGAUGCCAGAUGUUGCCAUGACACUUGCUGUUGUUGCACUAUUUGCUAAUGGUCCCACCACUAUAAGAGAUGUGGCGAGUUGGCGAGUUAAAGAGACAGAGAGAAUGAUAGCAAUAUGCACUGAACUCAGAAAGCUAGGAGCAACGGUUGAAGAAGGUCCUGAUUACUGUGUGAUUACUCCUCCCGAGAAAUUGAAUGUAACAUCUAUAGACACAUAUGAUGAUCAUAGAAUGGCAAUGGCAUUCUCUCUUGCUGCUUGUGGAGACGUUCCAGUAACCAUCAAGGAUCCUGGUUGCACCAGGAAGACAUUUCCUGACUACUUUGAAGUCCUUGAGAGGUUCACCAAGCACUAGACAUUCUUGUACAUUGAGUAGGGAAGAAAAAGAGAGAGAGAUAAAAUACUCACAAAACAGUGAGUAUGUGGCUUGCUUUUGUUUCUAAAAAUUACCCUGUAAGGACGUGAGAUAAUUUGUAUUGUUGAAAGAGCUAUUUGUUCUGUUGUAUCAAAGUAAAUUAAUUUUCAAGUGACAUCGCUCUUUUCCUCUAAA